AUGUUCCGCACUAUUGCUUCAAGAUCCGUUAUUGCUAGAACUGCCGUUUUGCAGCCAGCAAGAACCUUCGUCUACACCCCUGUCGUGAGAACGCCAGUGGUCGACACGGCUAAGGACAUGUUGAACAAGGCCAACAAGAAAACUGGUGAAGUACUUGCUUCUGCAAUGGAGACCGCAGAAAAUGCGACUCCUUCUGUAGAAGACGUUAAGCAGGCCGCUCAUAAAGUUAACCAGAAGACUGGAGAGGUUUUGGCCGAUGGCAUGGAGAAAGUCGAAGAGGUUGCCAAGAAGGCUUCCCAUAUGACUGAGGAGGCUGCUGAGAAGGUAAAGCACACCUCUGCUAAAGACGUUAAGGAAGCCGCCGCUGAUGCUGCAGACACCAUUAACAAGAAGUCAGGUGAAGUUUUGGCUGACGGUAUGGACAAGGCUGAGCAAGCCAAGGAGGCUGUCAAGGACAAGGCCCAAAAUGCCAAAGAAGCCGUGAAGGACGAGGCUGAGAAUGUCAAGGACAAGGCAGAGAAUGCUAAAGAUGCUGUCAAGGAUAAGGCUGAGGAUGCCAAGGUUGCCGCCGAAGCCAAGUACAAGGUCGAAAAGAACGCCGCUGGUUACAAAAGCUUGCAAGACAAGGGUUCUAAGGUUGAGGCCGAGCAAAACCGUCCAGAUGAUGCCAUCUAA